GCCAGUGAACAUUAAGCGGAGCAGACCAAAAUCCCAAACAAGGAAAUGGUGGGGGAAUAAAACGACCAGAUUAUUUAAUUAAUGCAUGUAAUAAUUAAUAUUUUAUUUUAUUGUAAAUUAAGAUAUAUUUAUGGGUUAAAAUGGAUUACGACUUCAAAACAAAGCUCGCGGCCGAUCGAGAGAAGGUGGAAGAUCUGUUCGAAUAUGAAGGUUGCAAAGUGGGUCGAGGCACCUACGGGCACGUUUAUAAAGCUAAACGCAAAGACGGGAACGAUGAAAAGGAGUAUGCACUGAAACAAAUUGAAGGCACUGGAAUAUCGAUGUCUGCUUGCAGGGAGAUUGCACUCCUGAGAGAACUGAAGCACCCCAACGUCAUCGCCCUGCAAAAAGUGUUCUUGUCCCACAGCGACCGCAAGGUGUGGCUUCUGUUCGACUACGCAGAACACGACCUGUGGCACAUCAUAAAGUUCCACCGUGCCUCCAAGGCCAACAAGAAGCCCAUGCAGCUACCCAGGGGAAUGGUCAAGUCCCUCCUCUAUCAGAUCCUCGACGGCAUUCAUUACCUCCAUGCCAACUGGGUGCUCCACCGAGACCUGAAACCGGCUAAUAUCCUGGUUAUGGGAGAAGGGCCAGAGAGAGGUCGGGUCAAAAUCGCUGACAUGGGCUUCGCCAGGCUCUUCAACUCCCCUCUCAAACCGCUGGCUGACCUCGACCCAGUUGUGGUGACAUUCUGGUACCGGGCCCCCGAGCUGCUCCUGGGAGCAAGGCAUUACACCAAAGCAAUUGACAUUUGGGCGAUUGGCUGCAUCUUCGCUGAGCUCCUGACAUCAGAGCCCAUCUUCCACUGCCGCCAGGAGGACAUCAAGACCAGCAACCCCUUCCACCACGACCAGCUGGACAGGAUAUUCAGCGUCAUGGGCUUUCCCGCAGAUAAAGAUUGGGAGGACAUAAGGAAGAUGCCAGAAUACCCAACGCUACAGAAAGACUUCAGGAGAACAACGUACGCAAACAGCAGCCUCAUCAAAUACAUGGAGAAGCAUAAAGUGAAACCAGACAGCAAGGUUUUUCUCUUGCUUCAGAAACUGUUGACGAUGGACCCCACCAAACGGAUUACUUCGGAGCAGGCACUGCAGGAUCCAUACUUCCUGGAGGACCCUCUGCCCACCUCAGAUGUGUUUGCCGGAUGUCAAAUACCUUACCCCAAGAGGGAGUUCCUGAAUGAGGACGAACCAGAAGAGAAGGCGGAAAAGAACCAGGCGCAGCAGCACCAGCAGACGACAGCUCAGGGCCAGGGGCCCACGCAGCAGCAGCAGCAGGCUCAGGCCCAGCAGGCGCCUGCACAGCAGACACAGGCCCAGACCAACGGCACAACCACGGGGGCCACGGGGGGCAACACGGGCGGGGGCCACCAGCACGGACAGGACCAGGGCCCCCCCAACAAGAAACCUCGCAUCGGGCCCACAGGGGCCUCCUCAGGCACCGGUGUCCUGCAGUCCGAAUACCAGCACUCCGGCUCACGCCUUGGUUACCAAAGCAGCGUCCAAGGUUCCGCCCAGUCCCAAAGCACCAUGGGAUACUCCUCCUCAUCUCAGCAGAGCUCUCAGUAUUCGCACCAGUCUCAUCGCUACUGAGGUGAGCCCAAACCUCAGAGAACUUAGAUGGACACGAGGCAGGCUCUGACCCUUAACCUUUCCCCUCUAACCCCUCAGUAUGCUCUCCGUCAAAUGGUAGUCAUUCAAGCUACAACAGCGUUUUAACAAAACACAUUCACACCACAUGACUUACUGUGCACAUACACCAAGAUCUCUGACG